AUGGAAAAGACUUCGAAAAAAAAUGUUAAAGAAAAAAAAAAAGGAGAUAAAAAAGAUAUUAGCUCUAAAAAAAAACCUAAAAAAGUGAAUUCAAAAGAAAAAACAAUAAAAUCAUCAAAAGAUAAUGACAAAAAAAAUGAAAAAAUUCACAAAAAUGAUUCAUUUAAAAAAAAUAAAGUAAUUGAAAAGAAUAAAAAUGAUACAAUAAAUGUAAACAACGGACGUGGUAAAGCCUGUUUUCUUUGUUUCUGUUGUGGAGGAAAUGAAGAAGAAAAACUAAAUGAAUUAAUAAUGGAAGAAGAGAGAAGAAAAGAAGAAGAAAGAAAAAAAAUAGAAAAAGAAGACAAAAAAAAAAGGGAAGAUGAAGAAAAAGAAAGAGAAAAAGAAAGAGAAAGAGAAAGAGAACGAUUAAGAUUAAUAGAAGAACAAGAAAAGGAUAGACUGAUAUUGUUAGAAGAAAAAGAAAAAUUAAGACUAUUAGAAGAAGAAAAACAAAAGCAAUUAGAAGAAGAGGAAAAACAAAAAAAAAAAGAUACAAUAUUAAAAAAGAAAGAAGUAAAACCAAAACUAUUCACAAAGAAAAGAGCAAAAUUAAAUUUUAUUGGGGCAGCAGCAGCACCCAACCCUCCCCCAGAAUCUGCGUGUAUUGGUGAACCUCCUCAAGUAAAAGAAACUUCCAUUUCUGUACAAGAAGGAAUUUAUCUCAUCUACAACCAUGAAAAUGAUGGACAAUUAGAACUACAUUAUUCAAGAACUGGAAAAAAAGGAAAAGGUGUUUUAGCCUAUAUUCAUUCUAAAACAAUACCAGAUUUUUACUUCGAAAAAAAUAUGGGAAAAGAAGUUAUAUUUACAGAAGUAUCCAAAAAAAUGCAAAGUGUUUAUGUAAAUGAUUUGAAACCAUACUACGAAUGUUAUAUUGAAUUUAUAAAAAUGAAGAAAAUAUUCAAUGGUAUAUUAUAUUUUUUGCCUGCUUUUGAUGAACAACCACCUCCUAAAUUGGAUAUUGUCUUUUUUAACAGUAAAGCAAAACAGUUAAAUUUUGUACCUGUUGAAAAACCAGUAGAAUUUACAGGAGAUUAUCUUUUUGUAAUUCAGAAAGGGUUAGAAAUAUUCAAGAAGGAAAUAAAUAUGGAGUCCCUUUUCUCUUAUAUAAAUAGCUAUGGGGCUUUAUUAAGUUUAUCUUGA